AUGAAUAUACGAUGGAUAUUUCAACUAUCUUUUUGGUCAGUUUUUCAGUUAACAAUUAGGGCGGCAAUAGUGGUGGAGACGGCCAAAAAGAUGGCAAUGUCAAUGUCUCAAAGGUUAACACUCGGUUUUGCCGCCUUAGUCGGUUUUGGUGGACUAAUGGGUUAUUUAAAGACCGGUAGCCAGAAAUCUCUAAUCUUUGGCGGCAUAUCGGCAGCAUUACUAUACUACGUUUACACACAACUUCCAAUGAGACCUGUAUACGCUUCGUGUAUUGGACUUGGUUUAUCAGCUGCUCUUUUGGGAGUCACGGGUUUGCGGUUUAAAAAGUCUGGCAAGCUUUUUCCGGCGGGUAUGAUGUUCAUUGUCUCUUUGAUAAUGACCGAAGGAUACCUACAUGGUGUCAUGCGUAGUCUCCAUUCAAAUAUGUAA